CUUUCGAAUACAAUAAAUGGCGGGCCGUUUACAAGUAUUUUGUACGGUUAGAUAAUGGUAAUGGUAAAAUACAGAUAAGCGAGGAAGCUGCGAAUGUUGUCUAUGUCUCGCCAAAAUCAUAUACAGCUAAAUAG